ACAGCGGCAACAGUUGCUGCUGGCUGGGCGAUCAACAGUUGUGCCAGUUUCUUUUAUGCAGUUCGCUUUUGAUACGCUUUUCAUUUCGUGCGAAUUUUCGUUGCCGCGUGUGGAAAUGUUUUUCGCAAUGGCCGUCUGCAUGCAUUGAAGUGUUGAAAUUGCAAACGCGGCCAAGUGAUGUGCGAUACGCACGGUAGACCAGGACAACUGACGCAGCUACCAAGUGAGAUACGAACUAGGCAGGAUUAUGAGAUCGCAUGUGGCCGUUUAUCGUGCACCAGAAAACGCAAACGGUUGCCAGUUCGCUAGAUACGCGCUCCACGCGCCUCCCACACGUCAACAGCAGCAGCAGCAGCAUCAAUCUUUACAGCCGCACGCGCUUUGGAAUGCUGCUCAGCCCACAGCUCCUGCUGCCUGCUAUAAUCUGCAUGCGCAACUGCAGCAUCAUAGCAUAUACCAUGCAUCUGCAGGAGCAGGUGCAGGUGCAGGAGCAGCGGCGAUGCCACAGCCUCAACAGCUGCUGGUCAAUCAGCAGCGCAUCAAUGAGUGCGCCGGCAUACCGCUCAUAUCGAAUGCCUGCAGUCACCUAGCCCCAUCGCAGCGUCAUCGCUUGCUGCGAAAGUCGGGCAAGCCGUGGCCGGCCGCUGGUGCACAGUCCAUGUCCCAGCUGGCGGUGCAUGCGCAGGGACAGCCGCUGCUACAGAACAUCAAACAACAUCAUGUGCCGUUGCACCACCAACAGUUGUCGCCGCAAUCCUGGCCGGCGCAUGCUGCCAGCUAUCAGCUGCCCAUGCGCGUAAACAAUUUUCAAUUGACGGACAAAUCACGCAUGUUGCGCUAUCAGAAUUCUGCACCUGCAGUGCUCAGUGCCCAAGAGCAGCAGAAGACCCUAAACAGCAUUGGCAACCACAACAACAACAGCAGCAAUGGCAGCAGCAGCAGCAGCAGUAGCAGCAGCAGCAGCGGCAGCAACAGUCAUUGCUCUGGCCAGGAGCAAACGUCGUCCGUGACGGACACUUGUCUGCCGCGCAUCAUAAAGCCACGCAAGCGUCGCAAAAAGGAUCGCAAGCCCGCUAAUGGAGUUUUGCUUAAAAUGGAUGCGGACUUACAGCCGAAACUGCAGCAGCAGCAUCAGCAGCAGCAACAACAACAACCGCAGCAACAACAACAGUAUCAACAUCAACCUCAACAUCAUCCACAUCACCAUCCCCAUCCGCAAUCGGUGCAUCCCCAUCAUCAUCAUCAUCAUCAGGCCCUUAAUGCAGCCAACUAUGCACAGUUGCUGCCCAUGGCUAGAGAUCGGGGCAUGCAGCAUGAUCAUAGCCAUGGCGUUUGCUUCUGCCGUGACUGCGAUCCUUUGCGUUCACUGUGGGACUAUCCGUUGCGUCGCUCGCUGUCGGAUGCCUCCUCCAGCGGGCAGGGCGCAAGUAACUCGAGCAAUUCGUCAACGUCCACGCACUCGGAUAGCUCGUGCGCCAGCUCGAUUUGCUCCCAGACGAUGGCUAACAAUUUCGAUGAGACGGAACAUUUUGCGCCCAUCACCGGCGACAGCAGUCGCGCCGAAAUUGUGGGCGUCAUUGGCUCACAGCGCAGCAGUCACGCCCACACAGCAUCAACAUCAGCAACGGCAACGGCAACGGCACCACCAACUGCAUCAGCAACAACAACAGCUCCGGCAUUGUAUCUCAGCGACUCGAGCGACUCGGGCUAUGGCGACAUCCUAAGCGGCAUGAAUAUUGCCAACGAUCUGUUUGCUAGCUGCUUUGGCACUGCGGCUGCUGCCAACGCAGCCGAAACGCUGCUCGACGAGAGCAUCAACGAGAUUUCGCGCAAGCUGAUCGAGACAUGCGCCGUCAACGAACCUCCGCCAAAUGAGGCGGACGCCAGCAACGGCUGUGGCAGUGGUGGGGGUCUGGGCUGUCGUGGCGAGGGCAUUGCUGGCGACAGUGACAGCUGCUCAGCAUCUGCCAGCGACAGUGGCUUGGAUAGUGCUGGCAGCUAUAACUCUGAAGCGCUUGUCUUCAAUUUUGAGCAUUUGAAUCUGAUGGAUACAAAUUUUGUGACGCCCACGGCUUUGGAUUUUCUCUUAGACUGCAACAACAACAAGAGGAGCGAGAGCAGCAGCCGCAGCAGCAAGUCAACGGCACAGCAGCAACAAUUUUACAACAAUUGCUUUGACUUGGUGUGGUGCAGCAACGACAACGGCAACGGCAACGCCAAAAGCGACAACAACAACAACAGCAGCAGCAGCAGCGACAAUAUCACAAGCCAAAUGACAGCUGGCAAAGGCGGCGAUAGCAAUGCCGCCACACCCACAACUUUAAUACUGGGCACGGUUGGAAAAUUGAAGCCAGCAUUUUCCACCAUCUCGUGACGAUAAACUAAUCACACAUCAACGAAAUCCAAACCAAAACCAAAAGCCCACGAAACCAUUUGGCUGUUGCUGCAGCUGUAGCAGCAGUUGUUGUUGUUGCUGUUGUUGUUGUUCUUGUUCAUUUUGGUUAAAUUUCCCUGUUGGGAUUUACGAUCGACACGCUUUGGCGUCGCAUUGGAAAUUUGAGCUAAUUGCCAAACAGUUUUCAUGUGGGUUGCGUUUGCGUGGGCGUGUGCGUUGCAUAACCAAAACCGUUAACCCACAAAUGAAGCGAAUUGUCGGCUGAAGAGAAAUUGAAACGAAAC